AUGACUAAUCCCCAAGACAACCCCGGAACUGCCCCACCAGUCUCCCCCAACACCUUAUCUUCAACUCCUCCUAGUGAACCCCCAAAACCCAGAUUUCGUCGCCAGAAAAUGUUAGCUAGAAAAAAAAUUGCAUCUGGUUCUUUGAGGAAAGUCUUGAACGAAAAACUACAGGCUAGUCAAAGGAAGGAAGUUACAACCAAAGAAAGCGACUCAAGCUCUGAAUCUGAGAAAUUUAUCUCUGCAAGUGAAGGAGAAGAACCUGGGUCUUCUGACACUGACAAGAUUCAAGAAACCCCAGGAGAGGUAAACACUUGCUUAUUAUUUUCUGAUGUAUUAGAUUGGGAGGAUAAUAGGUUUGUUCUGGUAGGGACUGCUAAAAAUGUUGAAGGGGCUAAAUCUAGUAAAAUAAGAAAGAAAAAGAAAAGGAAAUUUUUAGCUAUAUGUGGUAGUGGAGAAGAGGAAGGCAUGAAGUCAGGGGGAAAUGGGUCAGGUGAAGCUGCUGAGGGUUUGAUAAAUUUGAGUGAACAACCAGAUGAACCUGGUAGAUUGCUCAAAGACUUGGAGGAGCGAGGCAUGGUAAGAUUGUUGACUUCACUGGAGGCACAAGGAUGGAAGGACAUGGUCCUUCAGAUGGAUGGAAGAUUGGCCAGAAAAGAACUUGUUGAAUUUAUGGCUAAUGGGACUGUGCAGAAUGGGCUGGUAACCAGUAUAGUGAAGGGGAUGAAGGUGAAAUUUGAUGCACCUAAGUUGGGUAGAAUCCUGAACAUUCCAAGUGAGGGCUAUGAUGGUUACACAAGGCAAAAGUGGCCUUGCCUGGAUGGUCUGCCUACUGAACUUCUAAUCACUAGGAACUUCUGUGACACUACAGAUGCUGAGGAGGUACCUGAAGCAAGGGCUGUUCAAAAGAGUGAGAUGAGGCCAGAGCAUAAAGUGCUCUUUGAAUUUGUAAACAAAUGCCUGCUGCCUAGACAGGAAAGGAGGCACACAGCAAACUGCAUGGAUCUGGUCCUCAUGCAGUGCUUGGUGGAAGGAAAGCAGAUCAACUGGCAUGCUUUCAUUGCUAAGCUGCUAGACAGGGUUCUCAAUGGUUCAAAGGCUCAUUCCAUCCCUUAUGGAUUUAUUCUGACAGCUGUGCUGGACAAGCUGAACGUUCCCUUGAAGAAAUGGGAGAUGGCUUCCAGCAAAGAGCAUUUUGGCAUCAAGACUCUUCAGGCCUGUGAUUAUAUCCUCAGUGUAGGCCCUGUUGAACCUGGUUCAUCA